AUGAAGUACAUCCACUCUGAGGAAGAGCUCGCCAUCCCCGAGGGCGUCAAGGUCGCCAUCAAGAACAGGAACGUUCUUGUUGAGGGUCCCCGAGGCAAGCUCACAAAGUCUCUCGGCCACUUGGCGGUCAGCUUCACGCACCCCAAGAAGAAUGUCAUCAAGAUCGAGCUCCACCACGGCUCCCGCAAGAGCGUCGCUACUCUCCGAACUGUCCGCACCCUGAUUAACAACUUGAUCAUCGGUGUCACCAAGGGAUACAAGUACAAGAUGCGCUACGUAUAUGCCCAUUUCCCCAUCAACGUCAACCUGGAGAAGAACAAGGAGACCGACUGCUGGGAGGUGGAGAUCCGAAACUUCAUCGGCGAGAAGCUCGUACGAAGGGUUGUCAUGAGGCCCGGUGUUGAGGUUGAGGCGUCGAAGAACCAGAAGGAUCAGCUCGAGCUGUCCGGAAACUCGCUCGAGGACGUCUCCCAAGGUGCCGCCGACAUUCAGCAAAUCUGCAAGGUCCGCAACAAGGAUAUCCGAAAGUUCUUGGACGGUCUGUACGUGUCGGAGCGCGGCAACAUCGUCGAGGACGCGUAA